CACGCGCACGGACGGUGUUUCGAGGGCAAAGCGGAGCCUUUGUGACUACCGCGUUCUUUUUGAUGGGAAUAGAUUUCCUGUGGAUGUUAGAUCCGACGGUUUGAGCUUUUCGGAUGCAUCAAAAAUGUGUUCUCGACGGCAAGAGGAAUAUGUGUGGAUACGCAUCGUUGUGCUUCUUUGUCUGUGGGACUGCUCUGCUUCGCAUUUAUCCUACUCGAUCUCCGAGGAGGUGAACAAAGGCAGCGUGGUGGGAAAUAUCGCCAAGGAUUUGAACAUCAAAGUGCAGGACUUGUAUCAGAGGGAUUUAAGUAUCGUUUCGAGUUACAGUAAGAAAUAUUUUGACGUGAAUUUACAGACAGGGAACCUCUUUGUUAAUGACAGAAUAGACAGAGAAGAGCUGUGUGCGCAUUUGGCAAAAUGCUCGUUAACAAUACAAGCUGUUCUAAAUAAUCCAAUGACAGCGCAUCGGAUAGAGAUCAACGUUGUAGAUGUAAACGACAAUUCUCCUGCUUUCAUGGAAAAUAUGUUUGUCUUAAACAUCUCCGAGUCCUCGUUAACAGGGGAGAGGUAUUUCCUCCCAGUUGCUAAAGAUCCUGACGUAGGAAGCAACUCCGUAAAGAGCUACAAGCUGAGUCAGAAUGAACAUUUCUCUCUUGACGUGCAGAGCGGUGGAGAUCACGGUGUGUCGGCCGAACUGGUGUUAAACACGGCCUUGGACCGAGAAAAGCAGUCCGUGAUCACACUUGUUCUAACAGCGAUAGAUGGAGGAAAACCUUCCAGAUCAGGAUCACUGCAAAUACACGUGAAUGUGAUCGACGCAAACGACAAUGUCCCCACAUUUACAAAAUCACUUUAUAAAGUGCGUGUGAAAGAAAACGCACCUCCGGGGACUUUAGUGCAAAUUUUAAAUGCAACCGAUUUAGAUGAAGGAAUACACAGUAAGAUCUCCUAUACUUUUAGUAAAACUGGAAAUUUUGAUCCUUCAAUUAUGUUUGACUUGAAUUCAGAAACAGGUGAAAUAACCGUGAAAAAUAACAUAGAUUAUGAAGAAACUCCAGCCUAUGAAAUCAGAGUUCAAGCAAAAGAUCAGGGCUCCACUCCUCGUACAGCACAAGCAAAAGUGCUUAUAGAGAUAAUCGAUCAGAAUGACAAUGCACCAGACAUAUCUGUGACGUCAUUGAUGAGCCCUGUAAGAGAAAAUGCAGAGGUGGGGACUGUUGUUGCUAUUGUAAGUGUGAGUGAUAAAGAUGCUGGACCUAAUGGUUUAACUACAUGUAGUGUUGUUGGAUCUGCACCUUUUAAACUCAAGUCCAACUACAAAAAUGAUUAUUCUCUAGUUGUAGACGGACCGCUGGACAGAGAACAUAUUUCUGUUUAUAACGUCACCAUUAAAGCUACAGAUGAAGGAAACCCACCUCUGUCCAGCAUUUAUGUUAUUACUGUAGAGGUUGCUGAUGUGAAUGACAACGCCCCCAAAUUUACUGAGUCUGUGAUAAAUAUUUAUGUGAAAGAAAACAGUCCAGUGGGUUCAAUUAUUUAUAAACUAAAAGCUGUUGAUCCUGAUCUGGAAAGUAAUGCAAAUAUUUACUACAAAUUACAAGAAAGUUCUCAAAGAAAUGUUCUGACAUCAUCUGUUGUGAAUGUUAAUUCAGAAACAGGAGAAAUAAUCAGCCUUCAGUCUUUUGAUUAUGAGAAGCUGAAAACGUUCCAGUUCAAAGUUCAGGCCACAGACUCUGGUGUUCCUCCGCUCAGCAGCAACGUGACUGUGAACGUUUUUGUUCUGGAUGAAAAUGACAACAGUCCCUCCAUUCUUGCUCCUUACUCUGAGCACGGCUCCGUUAACAGCGAGAACAUCCCAUAUUCUGCUGAAGCGGGAUACUUUGUGGCAAAGAUCAGGGCUGUGGACGCAGACUCUGGAUACAAUGCUCUGCUUUCUUAUCACCUGUCUGAGCCCAAAGGAAACAACCUGUUCCGGAUCGGAACCAGCAGCGGGGAGAUCAGGACUAAGAGGAGAAUGAGCGACAAUGACCUGAAAAGUCACCCCUUGCUGGUGCUGGUUUGUGAUCAUGGAGAACCUUCUCUGUCAGCUACUGUGUCCAUUGAGGUGGUGGUUCUGGAAAGCAGCGCUGACAUGCAGACUCCGUUCAGACACGUGCCUCUAAAGGAGGACAGCUUCUCGGAUUUGAACCUGUACCUGCUGAUCGCCAUAGUGUCGGUGUCCGUCAUCUUUCUGCUGAGUCUCAUCAGUUUGAUGGCUGUCAGAUGCCACAGGACAGACGCAAGUUUCAGCAGGUACAGCGCUCCAAUGAUCACCACCCACCCUGACGGGAGCUGGUCUUACUCCAAAGCUACUCAGCAGUACGACGUGUGUUUCAGUUCGGAUACUCUCAAGAGUGACGUGGUGGUUUUCCCCGCACCGUUUCCUCCUGUAGAUGCAGAACUGAUCAGUAUAAACGGAGCCGACACUUUUACCAGAACUCAGACUUUACCCAACUCAGAGAAGGUAAGAACAUAAC